GGAUGCCGACAUACCCUAAAGCCAUUACAAAGAGUGCAACUAGUCUUAACGUUACUUGGAAAACACCAAACUUAUACACUGGUCCCACAAAAUACAUUGUUUCUGUCAUAGAUUCAAAAAACAUUUCUAUACAGAUAAAGCCUUGCGAUACAGGGUUCGAUUUCAAAGCUACUGAAUGUAUAGUGACAGGUCUAGAUGAGUAUUGGACGUAUAGUAUUACAGUAAUUGCAACCACUGAUGCGGGCAGCACAUCCUCUAUAUCAGUAACAGGACAAACUGCUGAAGCUCGACCUGGGAGUAUUCGCCGUUUGAGUCUUAAAUCAGAGGAUGAUGUUACCAAAAAUAGGUCUGUAGAGGUAACAUGGACUGCACCAAAAGACAGGGAUAGAAAUGGAAUUAUCCAGAGAUAUUAUGUCGAAUUCAAAGACAGUAGUGGUAAAACAGUCAGUUUUGGCACUAAAAACAAUAUCACGACUCACUAUUUUUAUCAAGGCAUGUUUCCUGGCGUGUACUCUGUUCAGGUUUUUGCUGCUACGACUGUCGGAAAUGGCACGGAGGUAACACAAUCGAUAACUGUUAGACCAGGUGCCCCAUUGAAACUUAUCGAAGAAACAGCAGAUAGUUUAUUGAUGCAGCCAAGUAAGGUCAAGGUUUCGGAUGACGAGAGACAAAUAGCCGUGAAACUUCCAUUGAAAGACCUCCUAUGCAAUAUACGCAACGGUCAGUUGAAACGAUGGGGUGUAGUUGUUGCCCAGGAAAGCCAAGCAACAGACACAAGUUUCACAGGAAGCACAACGGAUUUCAACAAGAAAGUGAAGGAGAAGUAUAAGAGCUGGUUUCAAGUCAAAGACAUGGAUUCUAUUCCAUCUUACAUAGCUACACCAGAAAAUUGGACAGUGCAGUGUCCUACUUUUUACAAUAGUAACCGAAGAAAACGUGCAGCAACAACAGCAACGCCUGAGCACGUGUACAAAGAUUUUAUUGUGGGAGAAGACGGCAAGUGUUCCGGCAAACAAAAUAACAAAUAUUGUAAUGGAGAAUUACAACCAGGACGUAGUUACAGGGUGAAAACAUUCGUUUGUACAGCUGGAGGCUGCACCGAGACAGAAUAUUCAAAUGCAAUAUCCACGGCUCCAGACCCUACGGUACCGAUAGCAGCUGGUAUAUCAUCAGCAUUAGUAGUCAUAGCCGUUGUUGGUGUCGUUGUUUUCGUCUUGAGAAGGAAACAGCUUGUUUGUUUUGCCAAAGAUGUCGAAAGACUGCGUACACAUUCACAUGGCGAAGGUAUUCGUAUGGACAAAAUAGAACCAAAGAGAAAGAGUGCUUGCACGUAUGUCUUCUUUCCAUACUAUUCACUGAAGCAACUUAUCUUUACUCGUGUUAGGAACGGAGUAGAUAAAAGUAAUACACAGAGACACAAAGACACAGAAUUAGCUGGCCAGGGGGAGAGAAAGCCCAAGAGCAAAGAAAUAGAAAUUGUUCAGAUGCACGCAUAUCCGACUAACUUAGCCUAG